CGGUGCAUACACGAUACAGACGAGUCGUCGACCCGGGCCGACAGCUUCCAUUCAUGUACAAUGCGACAGUUUGUUCAAUAAUGCAGCAAUUGGGGUUGCAGACCCCAUAAUUGUCGAUGGUGCAAAACUCUGUUCUUUACAAUCUGACACUUUCGGAUGAUCAGAAGAUCGCUGUGAGCGAAGAUCUGCAACAGAACUGGAAUGAUUUAGGGCUAGUAGCUCUAGAGCUCCCGGAUACAAUCUCGCUAUUUAUCAGCGGCGUUGAGUUCGAAGCGCACUUUGAGGUGGUCAGGACAAUCGAGCGUUGGACCUUCUACGUCGGGAAUGGGAUUAUAUGUUAUACACGAACCCAUUUUUACAAAGAACCUUAUUCGAAGGUUUUACGGCGGAUGGUUCUCUUGGAUACGUGGUAUUUUUAUGAUCCCCGUAUCUACGGUAAACGGUAUGUACCCUGCACGUUAUCACGGAAGCGCCGUCGUUCUCCGCGCCAAGCCUGCGCCCAACCUUGAUGAGGGCUCAGCUUUCUCAGCUUGACUCUGCCUUGCUUCAAUUGCCGCAACUCCAUUGUGAUGGCCUCUGUGUUUCAAAUCUCGCUCAA